UACGUGCCGUCCUCUUCUAAUAAAAUUAUCUAUAAUUUUCCCUAACGUGAAUCCCUCUCUCUAUAUUCUAUAUUUCUCUUCAUCUCUUCUUAUGAACUAUUUCUCCUUACUCUGAAUUCCUUUUCUCCAUUUUUUGGUUUCUGGGUUUUGUUUUUUAUUUGAAAAAAUGGCGAGUUCUAAUGCUACAGGUAGACCAUCAUCUUCACAUAAGUCUGAAAGAUUACCUCCUCAUAAUGCUUCUGGAAGAAAUAAUGGGGCUGUUAAUGGUAACGUUAAUAAUGCCACUGGACAGCAACAACAGCAGCAGCAACAACAGCGUUCGAAAAUAAAUUCAAGACGUUCUGUUACACCCACUUCACGAAUUCGAGCUCCUCCUCAAGACAAUGACCCAGAACCUGGAAGAGUUAGAGUAGCAGUCAGAGUUCGACCAAGAAAUGCCGAGGAUCUUCUUUCAGAUGCUGAUUUUGCGGAUUGCGUUGAAGUGCAGCCUGAGCUCAAGAAGUUAAAGCUGAGAAAGAACAAUUGGAAUUCUGAGUUUUACAAGUUUGAUGAAGUUUUUGCUGAAAGUGCUUCGCAAAAGCGCGUUUAUGAGACAGUUGCAAAGCCUGUAGUUGAGAGCGUGUUGAAUGGAUAUAAUGGGACAGUUAUGGCUUAUGGUCAAACAGGUACUGGCAAGACUUAUACACUUGGUAGAUUGGGUAAAGAUGAUGUCUCGGAACGUGGCAUCAUGGUUAGAGCUUUGGAGGAUAUUAUUGUCAAUACAACCCCCGCAUCUGACAGUGUGGAGAUGUCCUAUGUGCAGUUGUACAUGGAGUCUAUCCAAGAUUUGCUUGCUCCUGAAAAGAUAAACAUCCCAAUUGUCGAAGAUGCUAAGACUGGAGAAGUAUCUGUCCCUGGUGCUACAGUGGUCAAGAUUCAGGAUCUUGACCACUUCUUGCAACUACUGCAAAUUGGAGAAGCCAACCGUCUUGCAGCAAAUACUAAGUUAAAUACCGAAUCAUCACGUAGCCAUUCAAUUCUUAUGGUUAACAUCCGUAAAUCUGUAAAAAUUGAUGAAGAAACCGACUCUUCUUUUGGAGAGAAAGACAGCAAAACUGAUAGACAUGGCAAUCAGAUACCUAUUGUUCGUAAAAGCAAGCUGCUAAUAGUUGAUCUUGCAGGAUCAGAGCGAAUAGACAAAUCUGGGAGUGAAGGUCGCUUGUUGGAAGAGGCUAAGUUUAUUAAUCUCUCUCUUACUUCUUUGGGAAAAUGUAUAAACGCCCUGGCUGAGAACAGUCCUCAUAUACCUACAAGAGAUUCUAAACUAACACGGCUUCUUCGUGAUUCAUUUGGAGGUUCUGCACGAACUUCACUUAUUGUAACUAUUGGACCAUCUUCCCGACAUUAUGCAGAGACCACAAGCACAAUAAUGUUUGGACAACGGGCUAUGAAAAUAGUUAACUCAGUAAAGUUGAGAGAAGAAUUUGAUUACGAGAACUUAUGCCGUAAGCUAGAGACUCAAGUGGAGCAACUCACUAUGGAGGUUGAUAGGCAGCAAAAGUUUAGGGCAAAUGACCAAAUGGCUAUGGAGAAAAAACUCAGAGAGUGUCAAACAUCAUUUACUGAAGCAGAGAGAAGUAUAGUUGCCAGGUCCGAGUUUCUAGAGAAAGAAAACAGUCGCUUGAUGUCUGAUGUUGAAAAUCUGUUGGAGGAGUUAAAUCGCCAGAAGAAACAGAGCAAUUCAAUGAAAAAUGAGAUUGUGAAGCUAGAAUCAGAUUUUAAUAAUAGCAAGCUUCUGGAGAAGGAGAAUGGCUGUUUAAAAGUGGAGUUGGAAAACGUACUGAAAGACUUCAACAUAGAGAAAAAUCAUAAUAAUUUAUUGCAGGAUGAGGUUGUGCGCCUUGAAACGAGUUUAAAGCAGAGCAAGCAACGACAGCUAGAAAAUUCAUCAUAUCAGAAAAUACUUGCUGAGAACACUCAAUCGUAUGAGAAGAAGAUAGCUGAUCUGAUGAAGCAAUUAGAAGAUGAGCGUGCUCACUCUGAAAAUGCUCAACAACAAUUAGAACUGAUGAAGGAGCAAUUAACAGGCCUUGAGGAAUUAAUGCAGCAUCAUCUAAAGCAAACAUCUAUAUAUCAGAAGGAACUUGCAGACACUACUCUGAUGUAUGAGGAGAAAAUAGCACAAUUGGAACAACAGUUAAAAGAUGAGCAUUCUCAUGUUGAAAAUGUGAAGGAACAACUACAUGCAAUUGAAGAACAAUUUACUGAUCAUGAAACCUCAGCGAAGAUUCAGAGGGAAAAAGAGAUCGAUGCACUUAGAUCCAGAUUAGAAGACAUGCAUCAGCUGUAUGAACCAACUGUGGAGGAACUUCAGACAUUAAAAACAGAAUAUCAGGUUCUACUAUCAGAAAAGAAAGCAUUGCAUGACGAACUACACGAAGUGAGACAAACACUUCUAAUCGAGGAAAAGCAAAGGAAAGCUGCUGAAAAUGAGCUGUUUAAUAUGAAGAAGCUUGUGCCUGAGAGUGAAGAUGGCUUUGAGGAGAAGAAGUCAUAUAUGAAGCAAUAUACAACCAGUGGAUCAUUCAAUAUGCACAGAUCAACUGAAUCAAGGGAGAGAAUUUUUGCCCAUCAGAACACCAUGACAAAGAUAAUUGAAGAGGUUGGUGUCCAGAAGAUUAUCUCUUUGUUGUCAUCAGCCGAUUUGGAUGUCCAAAUUCAUGCUGUGAAAGUGGUAGCCAAUCUUGCAGCUGAAGACGGCAAUCAGGAAAAGAUUGUGCAGGAAGGUGGUUUAGAUGCGCUUCUCAUGCUGCUGCAAUCAUCCCAAAAUACAACUAUACUCAGAGUGGCUUCUGGAGCUAUUGCCAAUUUGGCAAUGAAUGAAAUGAAUCAAGCAUUAAUAUCAAGUAAAGGAGGUGCUCGACUUUUAUCCAAUACAGCUGUCAGAACUGAUGACCCCCAAACUCUUCGAAUGGUCGCAGGAGCAAUUGCAAAUUUGUGUGGAAACGAAAAGUUACAUAUUACGUUGAGAGAAGAUGGAGCUGUUAAAGCUUUGUUAGAAAUGGCUAGAUCUGGAAACAUUGACGUCAUUGCUCAGGUUGCCAGAGGAUUGGCCAACUUUGCAAAGUGUGAAUCACGAGGAACAAUUCAAGGACAUAGGAAAGGCCGUUCUACUCUUAUGGAAGAUGGUGUUCUAAGAUGGUUGAUAACCAACUCUAACAGUGCUUCUUCUUCGACAAAGCGCCACAUUGAACUUGCUCUUUGCCAUUUGGCACAAAAUGGUGUGAAUCCUCUCAAACAAGAAAAAACUGCAUCAGUUUCUUCAUGUUCCAUUUUUUCUGUCUUGGUCACACAGCUGCAGCCUUAUGCAGUUGAUGGAUUAAACUUGGUCAUCAUGCAUGUCAGGUAGUAAUGCAAUAAUCAUCGAGAGCUAUUGGCUUCUUUUUCCUCUUUAUUUCCUCCUAUUAUUCCUUUUCUGGAAUUAGCAUUGAUAACA